CCCUCCCUUCCUCCCCUCCUCCCGCCCGCCCAGCUCCUGCACCAGGAAACGGCCGGAUCCGGCGGCGGCCUGACCCGGCGCCCCGCUGGCCGGGAGGAUGAACGGCCCCGGCCGGGGGCCCCUCGCCACCAGCGCCGGGUCCUAAGAGCUGCCCUCCCGGCUGGCCGCCCGGAUGGCGACCCCAGCCUCGGCCCCGGACACACGCGCGCUCGUGGCCGACUUCGUGGGCUACAAGCUGAGGCAAAAGGGCUACGUGUGCGGCGCCGGCCCGGGGGACGGCCCGGCCGCCGAGCCCCUGCACCAGGCCAUGCGCGCCGCGGGGGACGAGUUCGAGACCCGCUUCCGCCGCACCUUCUCCGACCUGGCGGCCCAGCUGCACGUGACCCCGGGCUCGGCCCAGCAGCGCUUCACGCAGGUCUCGGACGAACUUUUCCAGGGGGGCCCCAACUGGGGCCGCCUGGUGGCCUUCUUCGUGUUCGGGGCCGCCCUGUGUGCGGAGAGCGUCAACAAGGAGAUGGAGCCGCUGGUGGGGCAAGUGCAGGAGUGGAUGGCGGCCUACGUGGACACGCGCCUGGCCGAGUGGAUCCACAGCCGCGGGGGCUGGUUCUCUCAGAUCCCUGAAGCCAAGAUGGCUGAUGAAUGUACAUCAAAACUUUUAAGUGAUGAACAGUUCCGGCUCUGGGCACGUCCUGUCCCCGCCUUGCAGGAGCUGGAGGCGAUCAAAGCCCGCGUCAGGGAGAUGGAGGAGGAAGCCGAGAAGCUGAAGGAGCUGCAGAACGAGGUCGAGAAGCAGAUGAACAUGAGCCCACCUCCCGGCAACGCUGGCCCAGUGAUCAUGUCUAUUGAAGAGAGGAUGGAGGCCGAUGCCCGCUCCAUCUAUGUUGGCAAUGUGGACUAUGGCGCAACAGCAGAAGAGCUAGAAGCUCACUUUCAUGGCUGUGGCUCAGUCAAUCGGGUUACCAUACUUUGUGACAAAUUUAGUGGCCAUCCCAAAGGGUUUGCAUAUAUAGAGUUCUCAGACAAAGAGUCAGUGAGAACUUCCCUGGCCUUAGAUGAGUCCCUUUUUAGAGGAAGACAAAUCAAGGUGAUUCCCAAACGGACCAACAGACCAGGCAUCAGCACAACAGACCGGGGUUUCCCUCGCGCCCGUUACCGCGCCAGGACCACCAACUACAACAGCUCCCGAUCUCGAUUCUACAGUGGUUUUAACAGCAGGCCCCGGGGUCGCGUCUACAGGGGCCGGGCUAGAGCGACAUCAUGGUAUUGCCCUUACUAAAAAAAGUGUGUAUUAGGAGGAGAGAGAGGAAAAAAAAGAGGAAAGAAGGAAAAAAAAAAGAAUUAAAAAAAAAAAAGAAAAACAGAAGAUGACCUUGAUGGAAAAAAAAAUUAAAAAAAAAAAAGCUAUAUACUGUGGAAGGGGGGAGAAUCCCGUAACUAACUGCUGAGGGGCCUGCUGGGGGCUAGGGGGAGGCCCGGGGGGCAGGGGCUGCUCUCCCUCUGGGGAUUCGCCAUGGACACGUCUCAACCGCGCACUCGGCUCCCGUGUCCCCGCCUCCGCUCCCGGGGCGCCCGAGGCUAGGUGGGCUUGGGUGGGAGGACGGUGUUUCUUUUACCCAGGGCUCUGAAGGACAUCAAACUGUUCUGCUUGUUCCCUUCCCUCCCCUUCUCCCCGCCUCUCACAGACCCCACCCGCCUGCUCCUGUCCGGCCCUCGCUCCCCCCCCUCCACACUGCCUGGUGAUCUAGUUUGUUUCCUUUGUGUUUCUUUUUCUGUUUUGAGUGUCUUUCUUUGCAGGUUUCUGUAGCCGGAAGAUCUCCGUUCCGCUCCCAGCGGCUCCAGUGUAAAUUCCCUUCCCCCUGGGGAAAUGCACUACCUUGUUUUGGGGGGUCUUGGGGGUGUUUUUGUUUUUCAGUUUUUUGUUUUGUUUUGUUUUCCUUUGCCUUUCUUUCCCUUUUAUUUGGAGGGAACGGGAGGAAGUGGGAACAGGGAGGUGGGAGAUUGGAUUUUUUUUUUUUUGGUUUUUUUUUUUAGCUCAUUUCCAGGGGUGGGAAUUUUUUUUUUAAAAUGUGUAAUGAAUAAAGUUGUUUUGAAAAUAAAAGCUGUUAUGGCCUUUUGGGUGUACGAUCA